GGCUCUUUGAACCGGCUCGUUCGCGACCUACACAUCACUAUUACAUGAGGCACAAUGGCUGUUUGGCUGCUAGCUGAAUAAGAAAAGCCUCCCACAUUUAUGCUUGAACAUAUCUUCCUCUAUCCUAUCUGAUAGUUAGUCAGUAUAUUCCGUGUCGUACUGAUUACUAUAUCUGUUCUAAUGGCGAACACGCUGGAUUUCAGGACCCAUGUGGACCAGUCGUGCAGAUAUUCAGAAGAGUUUGUCAACAUUUACUACGACUGCAUGGAUAAGAAGAGAAGGAACUUGACUCGACUCUACCUGGACAAGGCGACCUUGGUGUGGAAUGGGAAUGCUGUGUCAGGACAGGACGCCCUGGGCGAGUUUUUCGAGUCGUUGCCCUCGAGCGAGUUCCAAGUUCAAACACUGGAUUGUCAGCCAGUUCACGAGCAAGCAACCCAAGGUCAGACUACACUGCUUGUGGUGACUGGUGGGACGGUCAAGUUUGAAGGGAACAAACAGCGUUUCUUCAACCAGAACUUUCUUUUGACGGCUCAGGCGACACCCAACAAUGACCAGCCUGUUUGGAAGAUUGCUAGCGACUGUUUUCGAUUUCAAGACUGGAAUAGCUGAGGCUCUGCUCGUCUCAGCUUUUCCCCUCUGAAAUGUACGAACACUGAUACAUUCGUGAUAAUCUAGAUGCAGUUUGUUUAUUUCUUUUUUGUAACAAUAAAAAUGUCAUACACCACAUAAUA